CCUUCUCUCGGUCCCGUGACCACCCCAUUGGCCCCAGCACCAAAUGAAACUGGCCAAGAUGAUCAAGAAGAUGCGUCCGAGCGACUCCGAGCUGAAUAUUCCUGCCAAGAACUGCUACCGCAUGGUCAUCCUCGGUUCGUCCAAGGUGGGUAAGACGGCCAUCGUGUCGCGCUUCCUCACCGGCCGCUUCGAGGAUACCUACACGCCCACUAUCGAGGACUUUCACCGCAAGUUCUACUCCAUCCGAGGUGAGGUCUACCAGCUCGACAUUCUCGACACAUCAGGCAAUCACCCGUUCCCCGCCAUGCGGCGCCUCUCCAUCCUCACAGGAGACGUUUUUAUCCUAGUGUUCAGCCUAGACAACCGCGACUCCUUCGAAGAGGUCCAGAGGCUCAAGCGGCAGAUCCUUGACACAAAAUCUUGCCUCAAGAACAAAACUAAGGAGAAUGUAGAAGUGCCUCUGGUCAUCUGCGGUAACAAGGGUGACCGUGACUUCUAUCGCGAAGUGGAGCAGCGCGAGAUCGAACAGCUGGUGAGCGACGAACCCCAGCGCUGCGCCUACUUCGAGAUCUCGGCGAAGAAGAACAGCAGCCUGGACCAGAUGUUCCGGGCGCUCUUUGCCAUGGCCAAGCUGCCGAGCGAGAUGAGCCCAGACCUGCACCGCAAGGUGUCGGUGCAGUACUGCGACGUGCUGCACAAGAAGGCGCUGCGCAGCAAGAAGCUGCUGCGCGCCAGCGGCGAUCCUGGAGACGCCUUCGGUAUCGUGGCGCCCUUCGCUCGCCGGCCAAGCGUGCACAGCGACCUCAUGUACAUUCGCGAGAAGGCCAGCAGCAGCAGCCAGGCGAAGGACAAGGAGCGCUGCGUCAUCAGCUAGGGGCUUCCGCCGCGCUGGCAACAAACAUAAGGAGAACCUUUUUGUUUAAAAGUGAUAUCCACAGCUCCGGCCAGCCCCGCGCGC